AUGGACAAGCUUCUUCUUCUUCUAGACAAGGCCACGGGGGAAAACACCAACCCCUACGCAGGAGUGCCCACGGCUGCUGAGCUGAGGCGCAGAGCUCGAGCUCCAGGGCCAGAGGCCGAACGUGGCGGCUCCAGCAACGGCAGCGGCAGCGCGCUGCUGCGGGCUGUGCUGCGCCGCGACCUUGAUGCCGUGCAGCUGCACCUGCGAGGGCCCCACCCUGCAUUGGACGCCCACGGCCUGACGGCGCUGCACGCCGCGGCGCUCGCCGACUUUGGGCCUGCCGUGCCGCUGCUGGUGGACGCAGGGUGCUCCCUGGAAGCCGCUGCCGCGGUGGGCGCAGGGCCGCCCUGCACCGUGAUGGCGGAGCUGCAGCUGAGCCAGCAGCAGUGGGACGCCAUCACUCAGCCCGCUGAUGCCUUCCUGGGCGGCCGCCCCUUCACGCCCCUGUGGGUGGCUGUCGCCUGCGGCUCGGCUGACGCUGCGGAGCAGCUGAUGAAGGCAGGCGCAUACGAGACCGGCAUGUUCACAGGGCUGGUCACGGUGGCAAAACGGGCCAACAGACCGCAGGCCGAGAGGCACAACAGCGGGGCAGGCAGUGGCAGCAACGUGGAGGCAGUGCAAACGCUGCACCUGUUGCGGCUGCACACCAGCGGCCAGCUGGGCGGCGCAGCCUAUGCCUCGGCAGUCGGGCAAGUGCUUGUAAGCAGCCAGCCCGUGGACGAUGCGGCGCUUGUGCCUUGGCUGGGCGUCCCUGCUGCCGCAGCGCUGCCCCGGGAGGUACUAGCAAUCUGCACAACCGAUAUGUGCAGCAAGGGCAGAGAGCGAUGCCUGGCGGCCCUGCUGGCCCGGGAGGAAGUUCAGCAGGCGGUGCAGCAGCCAGGCCCGGGGUAUGGGCAGAGUGUCGGCACGCGGGCCAUCCUUGCCGCAGCGUCCGCGGGCCAUGGCGCCUGCAUCGAUGCCCUGCUGGCGGCUGGAGCGCAAAUCACGAUGGCCACCAUCCAGCAGUGCAUCACCAACUGCGUCUGCAGUCCCUCCAACUACAGCCACAGCGCGUGCAGCCUGGAGCUGCUGCUGCGCCGCACCAGGCCGCCGGUGCCUUUUGAGGGUGCCAGCCUCACCUCCUGCCCCAUCUACUACCUGCUGGACUCCAAGCACACGUUGGACGACAUGGUGCUGUAUGAAACGAUGUUUGAGGGCUUGCGCGAGGCCGCCCAAGACAUGCACCUGUGCCAGCUGCGCGCGAUGGAGUGCCUGCUGGCUGCCGGCUACCGGCCAGUGACCUACCGCAGCAUGGUGGUGCCUGGCAGGGGGCCUGUCGCUGACGGCACCAAGCUCAAUUACUACCCUCCCGCCGACCCUGGUGUGGCCAGUCGGUGGGAGCUGACCACUGGCAACAGGUGGCUGUGGCAGGCCGCAGUGCACGAGCCCUGGACCCCCACCACCAACCUCCACUUCCCUCCUGCAUUCAAGGCUGCGGCAUGUGCCCUGCUGCUUGCCGCGUACCACAGCCGCCAGCAGCCGGCGGGCAUGAGCGGCCGGGUGUCGCUGCUGCAGGCGCUACCGCAAGAGCUGCUACUCAAUGUCACUGCUCAGGCGGCCUACCCGCUGUCGGUCUGGAAGCCGGUGAUGAAAGGGGGCAACCUGCUGGAGAUAGUUGACCUACAGGAGUAUGAUGCGGCGAUGGAGGCGCUCGAUUAUUGA